AUGAGUUCCAACGAAGCAACUAUCACUUUACCAAAUAAUAAGACCAUUAAAAAAAUUACCACGGUAGCUGAAGCAUCGGAAAAAGAUGUAGAUUUAGCAGUAGAUGCUGCCGAAAAAGCAUUUAAUGAUGUUUGGCGACAUGUUACUGGAGAUCAAAGAUCUAAAUUUCUUAAUAAAUUAGCAGAUUUGAUAGAACGUGAUUCUGAUGAAUUGGCUGCUUUAGAAUCUUUGGAUAAUGGUAAAACUUACAAAAACGCUAAGGGACUUGAUGUUCCGGAAUCAAUUAAGUGUUAUAGAUAUUAUGCUGGAUGGUGUGAUAAGAUUCAUGGAAAGACUUUUGAAUCGCAAAAAAAUUUCAGUUACACUCGACAUGAACCUAUUGGUGUGUGUGCUGCAAUCAUUCCAUGGAAUUUUCCUCUAAUGAUGCAAGCCUGGAAAUUAGCUCCAGCUUUAGCAUGCGGUAACACAAUUGUGUUUAAAUCUUCUGAAUAUACGCCCUUGACUGCAUUAAAAAUUGCUGCUUUGAUUAAAGAAGCUGGAUUUCCGAAAGGUGUUGUUAAUAUUUUGAAUGGAUAUGGUAAACCUACUGGAAGUGCUAUGGGUUCCACUGUGGUAGGAAAAUAUCUCUUAAAAGCAUCAUCUGAAAGUAAUUUGAAGAAAUUAACUUUGGAAUUAGGAGGAAAAUCUCCCAAUAUCAUAUUCGCCGAUGCAGAUCUUGAAGGAGCAGUUAAAUGGGCUCACAUGGGGAUUUACUUUAAUAAUGGUCAAUGUUGUACGGCCGGUUCAAGAAUUUAUGUCGAAAAUUCUGUAUAUAAUGAAUUUAUUAAUAAAUUUAAAGAAUAUACGAAAAAUAUGAAAAUUGGCGAUCCAUUCGAAAGUGAUACUGAUCAAGGACCAAUUGUUUCUAAGAACCAAUUUGAUAGGGUCAUGAGUUACAUCGAAACUGGAAAAAAGGAAGGUGCUACUUGUUUGAUGGGAGGUGAUAGACAAGGAAAAGAGGGAUAUUUUAUUAAACCAACUAUUUUUACUGAUGUGAAUGAAGGAAUGACAAUAAUGCAAGAAGAAAUUUUCGGUCCCGUGGUGGCAAUUUCAAAGUUUAAUGCGAUUGAAGAAGUUAUUGAAAAAGCUCAUAAGACUGACUUUGGUUUGGCUGCUGCCGUAUUCACAAAAGAUAUUUCACGUGCUAUCAAGAUUUCUAACGAUCCAUUUGGUGGAUAUAAACAAUCUGGAAUUGGUCGUGAACUUGGAAAGUAUGCAUUGAAAGAGUAUACUCAAGUAAAGACCGUUCAAAUUAAUUUGGACAUGUAA